UCACAACUCACAACUGACGUCGCUGGAACACUAUUAACGUGACAGCUGCUUCAUAUGAUAGCAUACAGUUGCUUCAGCAUGCCCAAGACACACAAGUACAAUGGUCAGAUUCGCAUCAUUACAAUCAUAAAAAUUGAAAGUGCCAGUGUUCAUUGGUAGGAUAGACACUGGAAAUGCUACAGAAGGAUAUUGAUCUUGAGACAAAUUGUAUCAAUAAGUUUAAACGUUUCCACGACUGCGUAUUUGAGAACGUUAAUUCUACGGUCGAGGGAGACACAUCAGGAUUGUAAAGGGAAUAAGCCGAAUGGCUGAAAACGUGGCAAGAUCAUGGUCCAAAAAUGCCACCCAUACACGUUUUGUCAUAUCUGCUGUUGUGGACCCGAGAACAGGUAGAGAACUUUCGCUGAAAGAUGCAGAGCUUCACUCCAUCAUCAGUCAAAAGAAGGGACAGUAUAUGAACCCUGAAACAAAUGAGUAUAUGACGAUCAACGAGGCGAUGGCAAAUGGCCUGAUUCAAGUGGAGGAGGUAACAGAGCAUGACCUUGGAGGCAAGAAUGAAUCAUUUGGAAUCAUGACCAUACGUACAGUUGUUGAGAAUAGACCAUAUUCAAUUAUAGGAGCAGUGGAUGCACUCACUGGCAACACUCUUGAUGUGGAUGAAGCUGUUCAAUGUGGACUGAUAGAUGAGAUAAGCGGCUUCUAUGUUCACCCACUUAAGAAGGAGCAAUACACAUUUGACAAGGCUAUCAGUUUAGGUUUGUUAGUUGUGGAAUACGAUGACUUGGACUCAGCUAACAGACAGGUGAAAACGACAUGUUAUGCGAUACAUCACAUCGUGGACCCCUUACAAAAGAAAACCGUAACCUUCUUAGAAGCAGUGCGCAUGGGUCUACUAGAUAAGAAUACUGCAGAUUAUGUGAACAAAGCUACUGAUGAGAGGAUGUAUGUUGCAGAUGCAAUAGACAGAGGAUUCAUUAAGGCAACCAUUGUGGAAAACCCAAAUGAGAUAGAGCUCAAUCCUCAGAAUGAGAAUAUUGAGAAGAACUUUGGAAAAAUCAAGAAUAAAAUAUGGAGGAUGAGUGCAGUAAAUGCCUUCAAGAGGUACAUUAACGACUUGCCACCAUGUGAAAACCAUAGUUCAACUGAGGUUGAAGAUAGUGAGAAACAACUUGGUUCAACUAAAUAUGUAGAUAGUGAGAAACUGCUUAGUUCAACUGAGACUGUAAAUGUUGAGAAACUACUUGGUUCAACGAAAGAUGUAGAUAGUGAGAAACUGCUUAGUUCAACUAAGACUGCAGAUAUUGCGAAAAUGCUUGGUUCAACUAAAGAUGUAGAUGGUGGGAAACUGCUUAGGUCAACUGAGGCUGAAAAUGGUGAGAAACUGCUUGGUCCAACUAAGAAUGUAAAUGUUGAGAAACUGCUUGGUUCAACUGAGACUGUAGAUGAUGAGGAACUGCUUGGUCCAACUGAUGUUGUAGAUGUUGAGAAACAACUUGGUUCAACUAAGGCUGUAGAUGGUGAGAAACUGAUUGGUUCAACUAAAGCUGUAGAUAUUGAUAAGCUGCUUGGUUCGACUAAGGAUGUAGAUGGUGAGAAACUGCUUGGAUUAGCUGAGCCUGUAGAUGAUUGCCCAACAGCAAGACAGCGUUUAAUGGAAGAUGCUCAUCAAACAUCAGAUGGCAAGCACAGUCGUGUCUCAUCCAGCUCAGAUGAUGAAAUUGACAUUCACCUACAUAAAAAUACUAAAACAGCCAGCAAAACGCCAGGCACUUCCACAACGACAGUUCUUGACACUGUUGCUAGGGAGAUUGCAGAGGCAGAUAAUUACAAGAGAACACUUAUCCGCACGACUAAUAGUGACCCAGGGAUUGCAGUUUUUAAUACUGGAAAGGUUAUUAUGAUCAGUGGCGGUAAUGCGACACAUGAUGUUGCUUUUGACAAUGCUGACGAAGAUAUAGCUCAAACAACAGUUGUAUCCCGUAGUAUGAGCCUCGAGACAUCAUCUCAAGAUCACCAGAAACUUGCUAAACAUGAUGUUAUUCCUACCAAAACAUUAAAGGAAUCGAACGCGAGGGAUACUGUUCUCCCUGCAAAGACUAUGAUUUAUCGACCAAAUGAUCCCAUAGUCAAUAACAUUGUAGCAAACAAUGACAUCUCCACAAUUAAUACAAGUACAUAUGGAAUGCUUGAAUCCAAUGAAAGUCCAACUCUCUUCAACUGACCUGUCUAUUAAGACAGAUGAUAUUACAUCAGCAAGCCCCCAUACAAUAGGGAGAAAAUUUGGUCAUCUUGAAAACCCAGGAGAGUGCUGAAAAUGAUGCGAGACCAACUUGAGACAUACAAAUAUUUUUUUCUAUAUUUAUUCACAGUUAGAUUUUGUUUACAGUAUAAUUGAUCUCAUAGUCCAGUAGUCAGCUAUAUUUAAUACAUUUAUAAAACUUAAAGAUAAAAAAUGGUACAGGGGACACCGUAUUAUAUGAAAAAUAAAAAUAACUUAUAAAUGUGAGCGAUCUUCAGUUUUCUUUCAACUUUUUGUAAACAUCCUGAGUUUUGUCUAUAGUUUGUUAUGUAUACUCCUCAAAGAGUUAAGGAUCAGUAUUUUUCCUCAUAGGUUCACAUGUUAAACCUUAUGUAUCUUUAAACUUUAUUUUCUAAGCCCGAAACGAAAGAAAACUUAUAAUG